UGGUUCCACUGGGCUGCUGCAAGCAGUUAGAGCGGUCUCCAGAGAGCAGCAUGUUCCCCUUGCUCUUUGGGGCUGGACUGGUGGUUCUGAACCUAGUGAGCUCUGCAAGGAGCCAGAAGACAGAACCUCUUAGUGGCUCUGGGGACCAGCCCCUCUUCCAUGGUGCGGAUCGAUACGACUUUGCCAUCAUGAUCCCUCCAGGAGGCACAGAAUGCUUUUGGCAAUUUGCCCACCAGACUGGAUACUUCUAUUUCAGUUAUGAGGUUCAGCGGACACUGGGAAUGUCACAUGACCGGCAUGUUGCUGCCACUGCACAUACCCCACAGGGUUUCCUUAUAGACACCUCUAAGAAUGUUCGGGGCCAGAUUAACUUCUCUACCCAAGAGACAGGUUUUUAUCAGCUUUGUCUAACAAAUCAGCAAAAUCGCUUUGGUUCUGUGCAAGUAUACCUCAAUUUUGGAGUCUUCUAUGAGGGGCCUGAGAUGGACCACAAAGAGAAGAAUGAAAGAAAACAACUGAAUGAUACUUUGGAUGCAAUUGAGAAGAGUACACGAAAGGUGCAGAACAAUAUCUUUCACAUGUGGCGAUACUACAACUUCGCUCGCAUGAGAAAAGUGGCUGACUUUUUCCUACUCCAGUCAAACUAUAACUAUGUGAAUUGGUGGUCGACAGCCCAGAGCCUUGUUAUUAUUCUUUCUGGGAUCCUGCAGCUAUAUUUCUUGAAGCGUCUCUUCAACAUCCCAACGACUACAGACACAAAGAAGCCAAGAUGCUAAGCUCGAACAACUACAGUGCCCUGGCUCUUUUCUUCUGGGGCACAAGCUCUCUCAAAUCUUUGUAAAGUUAUUGGGAAAAAAUCAAUUUUUCUUGUUAGAAAGUUGUAGCCUAUUGCUCUCAUCUACACAGGCAAAAUCGCAAUAAAUAAAAAUGUGUAAAGUUUUGACGUU